AGCAUAUGAGGGAAUGCACAUUGAAUACUUUAGAUUCUUGGCUCUCUGCUGUUCAUCUUGAUAAAAUGGUAAGUUUUUUUUUUUUGCUCUACGCUGUGGAAGCUGUUUAGUUUUUUUGUCUCAGGUGGCAUGAUUGUAUACUUCUUGCAGGUUUCUUACAUUGCAGCAGCUUGGACAGAUGCAAAACUUGGUGCGGAAGGGCGCAAAGAUCUUUUUGAGUGGUUGUCAAAACAACUAUCUAGGUUAACUGAAUUUCCUGAUGCUGUACAGCUACUAAAGCCAGCUUCCUCUGCUCUGACGGAUAAAUCAUUAGAUGUUCGUAAAGCAGCAGAGACAUGCAUUGCUGAAAUCUUGAGAGUUUGUACACAAGAAACUGUUGAGAAGCUUGUUAGGGAUGUUUAGGGAUCAGCUUUAGCUCUUGUUCAUGACGUUUGAAGCAUUAUGGUAAUUUUCAAG